CGAAGUGCUAGAGCGAGAAUAAUUAAAAAUUAACAGGUUAAACAAUUUCUUUAAUAAAUUCAGUCAAAAGGAGGAUACAAAGCGAUCUCCUUCCCCACCACCAUUAUCUGCCCCGUUAGACGCACCACCGACAACGACAUCGACAACGACAACGGCAACAACCGUGGGACAGCAGCCGAGUAACACAGAUGAUGAUAGUAUAGAUAUUGAUGAUAUUAUACAGAGGUUAUUAAAUAUUGGCUAUUCAGCUAAAUACUCUAAGACUCUACCUAUAAAAUCAACAGAAAUUACCCAGCUGCUACAAUUAUCAAGAGACUUAUUGCUCAAUCAGCCGACUUUAAUAGAGCUAAACCCACCUGUUAAAAUAGUUGGAGACAUUCACGGUCAAUACUCUGACUUGAUUAGAUUAUUCGACAUGUCUGGCUUUCCACCUAAAUCUAAUUAUCUUUUCUUGGGCGAUUACGUUGAUAGAGGUAAACAAUCACUUGAAACUAUCUUAUUAUUACUAUGUUAUAAACUGAAAUACCCUGAAAAUUUUUUCUUAUUACGUGGAAAUCAUGAAUGCGCAAACGUUACAAGAGUUUACGGUUUUUAUGAUGAAUGUAAAAGGCGUUCAAACGUUAAAAUUUGGAAACAAUUCGUUGAUGUCUUUAAUUCGCUACCAAUUGCAGCCGUUGUUGCAUCAAAAAUAUUUUGCUUACAUGGCGGUUUAUCACCAAAUUUAACUACAAUGGAUGAUAUCAGGCGUAUACAGCGACCUUUAGAUGUACCCGAUUAUGGUCUACUUAACGAUUUAUUAUGGUCAGAUCCAAGUGAUACCGCUUACGAUUGGGAGGAGAAUGAACGAGGAGUCAGUUACUGCUUUGGUAAAAGUGUUAUAAAUGAUUUCCUCAGUCGAUAUGAAUUCGAUUUGAUAUGUAGAGCCCACAUGGUGGUCGAAGAUGGUUAUGAAUUCUGGAAUGAUAGGACUUUAGUUACAAUAUUCAGUGCACCAAACUAUUGUGGAGAAUUUGAUAACUUUGGUGCAAUAAUGUCAGUUUCACAGGAUUUAUUAUGUGCAUUCGAACUCUUAAAACCCCUGGACAGUCAAGCCUUGAAGAAAGAAAUGCACAAAUCUCGCAAAAGGAGAAAUCAGCAACAGAUAGCCAAUUCUAAUGAAAAUGUUCCGACGAAUGACUAACCAUAACCGUGCUCACCUAAUAUUUUCACUUUGUCUUGAAUGAUUUAAAAAAGCCUUGUAUCUUUUUCUAUUGAUAUGUAUACAAUUUGUUAUGUUAUUACAAAUGACCUGCUUUAGCGAGGAAACCGAACGGGGUGAUUAUUCUCUGCCAUGUCCAGAGACGCGGUGGAACAAUAUAACCCAAUCUACCCUCGUGAAGCCAGUGUUUCAUCAAUGGGAUUGCUGUUAUGAUCAAAAAUGUCCAUGCCCAAACUCUACCUGAAAUGCCACUGAUUUUGCGUUUAGUGAGACGUUCAAAUAGUAAUUCGAAGCCAAUCGCGACUGCAGAUAAUUGGAAAAAUAGCAUUGAAGGAUAGUGGUUAGGGUGUUUAACAUCAUUGAGGGCAUUCCGUAUGCCAUAUUCAUGCAAAAGACCACUGACAAAAAAAGCGCCUUGCAUUCCGAGCAAACUAGCCAAAUCGCCUUUUAUUCCUAGUCUUUUGCAGAUGAAUAAAAUAGGUUUGUAUCCACAGACGACGAAUUGUCUUUUGAAGAGAGCGUGCCAUUUGUUAGACCAAAAAUCAUGAAUACUUGUCAUUUGUAGAGGGUCUUGUAAAAGACAGGGCCAUCUCUCGACGUCAAAUCUACUUCUAGUGAGUUUCUUGACCGAAAAUACAGUAAGUGCUAUCAGGCGAUAACCGAGUGAAAGACCGGACCAAGCAGCAGCAGCAAGUGCAAUAGUCUGAACUACAUCACUCGCGAAUUGCGUACUAGCCGUUUGUCUGAAACCGAAACCAAUCGCCAGACUAUCAUUGUUAUCCAUUGCAUGUGUCAAGAUACCAACAGAGAUUGCAGAAAUAAACAAAUGUUUCAACGCAUCUAUAAUACUCUUGAUGCAGAAAUUAUGAUAGUAAACUUCAGGUAGUUUGUCGAGCGUGUAUCCCCAUUCCCAUCCUACACCUCUUAAGUUUGUAAGUAACUCAAAGAAAGCAGACCAGCCAAGAUCUUUGUGGAUAUCGCCUUCACUCUCCUUCAUACGUUCUUUUCGUGUUCCUAUAUACCUGACCCGUGAUCUCGGUGUGAAUCCCAAAUCUAUACUUUUCAUAGAGGCUACAAAUAGGGUAACAGCCCAUACAAAGCCUACUGGACCGUAAUCGUGAAAAUCCCCUUUCUUAGUGUUCGUAAAGCUGAAAUAUAAAGUUGGUAUAAUCAACAGCUUUCUGGAUAUGUUAUUAAAUCGUGUAGGUCUUGCACAUAUCAGCCGUAAUUGUAUCAAUACU